AUGCGCCAGUCUUGCGAAAGAAUGAGGAGGAUAAACACAAGUGAAGAGAGAAAGCGACGGAGAGGCGGCUGGCUCUCGAAUGGUAAAGCCGCCAAGACUGCAGUGCUGCUGCUGCUGCUGCAUGGCUUUACAAUUGCGGCAGCUGCUCAGUACCCGUCCUCGUGUGCCGAUGCUGCACGGCUCGUAACCGAGACCGGAACAGCUGUGGUUGAUACAUGCAUGUCCUCAUGCGUCGUCAACCUGUACGCAGGAAGCUUUGCACAACUCACAACCAAGCACUACAUGUAG